AUGGACAGGUGGAGAACAUUAAGUUCCCCUGUGGUUCUCAAACCUCUCCAUGAAGUAUCCCCAGCACUGCACUUUUUGUAUGUCUCCCUAUAUCGGACACAUCCACGUCAGGUCUUGCAGUCUCCAUUAAGGUUUAAGGAACGGCUAAAGACUAAAUAUCUCAGGGAUCUAAGGCAAAAGCAACAGUUAUCUGGGUCAUUAGACAGUCGCAAAUGGGCUUUUUUGUCUGCAGGCCUGGAUGAUUUUAGAGAUGGUUACCUAACAGUCCGUAAAGAGCUCUUCACCCAGUGUAAGAGUGGACCCUCCCCUGCAGUCUUUGGAAUGCCGAAUCACGUUUGUUCAGUGAAAUUCCCACCGAAGAGACUGAGUAAAAAUCAAGUGUGUUACUCAAAGCAGAAUCCCCAAAGUCAAGCUCAGCAUGAGUUCAUUGAUGCUGUUGAGCACAAACUUAAACAACACCCCUUGGCCAUCUAUCCUCAUCUGGAGAGCGGUAUGACACCAGAGCUAUUUGAUCAGGUGCUAUCAGUCCUGGAUCUUGGUAUGUGCGUGAAGGGAGAAUCGUCCAUAACCUCUCCAACAAAGAAAAUGGAGCAUCUAGAAGAAAGCAGAGCACAAUGUGAAAUCUCAACUCUGCAGACUGUAAAACCGUCCAUCACAAUCAAACCACAAAAGGAGAAAUGUAAAGAGGCCAGACCAAGAAAUCCCUAUAAAUGGCAGGAACUGAAAGAAACUUUGGGUGUUGAAGAUCAGACGGUGAGUGUUAAACACCUGCACUCCGUAUCGCAAGAAGAAGACAAGAUGAUGAUUACCAAGCUUUUCUGUGAAUGGAUUACUUCACUUGGGUGGAGACCAGCGAUCUGAUCUGAGUCAACCAUCUUGGACCUGUUUAAGAGUGACUAUGAAAAGAAACCCUCCUUGACCAUACCUAUUAACAAGACCGAUCCUAAUCAAACUCCAGCAAAAAUCUGCAGCUCUGUGGAGGAACAUCAUAAAGACCAGAUAUUACCCCAGGCUGUCAAUGAUCCUCUAAUAGCCCUGGCAGAUAUCACAGGAAGCCUGGACUUUGAGGAGCAGCUGAGCGAGAUGGAUGAGGAGCUGAAGCAGAUUCACGGCAUUCAGAGAGCUCAUUAUCAACAAGGGAGGGAGAAUGCCAAGGAAGAACAGGAUCAGAGGCUCAACCACAUCAUCAUCAUCUAA